GGAGUGAAACGUACCGCCUGCAUGGUAUUUGUGAUCGAUGCGCACGUAUUAUUGGUAAGGUUUGGCUAAUGGUAGCUGGGUUACACAAAUAACGUGUAGGUCGCUGUUUGAUAUCGCAAGGCUGUGGAUUGAAGAAGAGAAGCGGUAGGUGACGAGAAGGAGGGAUAGAUAAAGCCUAGUCUUGGCAGGCACGAACGACAAGAGAACGACGCGUAACAUGAUCGCUCUCAUCGUCGCUCUGCAGCGCACUUUCCUGAAAGCGCUACGUCACUGCCGGAUCCUGGGCGAGUGGGGCGCGCUACUGGCGUUCGAGCCCAUCUGAGCCGCAACGUGACGACUGUCAAAAGAUCAAAAGGGCCCAACACCGACCCAAGCCAACCAUGUCCUUGGUGCAGUACCCUGACUCUGACUCUGGCAACGAAGAUGCCUUAUCGGCCCAGAAGCCCAAGCCUGUGUUGAAGCGCAAACGCAGCGAGCCCAGUAAUAAUAACCUGCCGCCGCUUCCGGCAGCAUUCCACGACCUCUACUCCACAAACGCGCGCGUCAGCACAAGCGACAAUCCGAGCCUGCACGGCGGUCGUAAGCGGGCAGUCCCUCAUGUGGAAGGUAAUUGGCCGAGUCAUGUGUAUUUAGAGUGGGUUCCUGUGCAGGCUGAGUCUGACAGUCUACACAGCCUGAUACAAACCAUCAAAGACGCGCUCAAGCAAGCAAAUUUGAAGCGCGCAAAGCCACUGCCUGUUCCUGACAUCAUACCCUCUCUGCAAUCAGAGCUUGGCGCACCUCUACCAUUGCAUGUCUCGCUCUCACGCACUCUGCAGAUCAAGACUGAUGACCGAAAAUCAUUUCUCGGGACUCUGAACACUUCCUUGCGGAGGGCCGCCGUCCAAGCCUUCCACUUCGAUUUCUGUGAUCUGAAGUGGGUGCCGAACUAUGAGCGAAACCGAUGGUUCUUGGUACUCGGCAUCAAGAAGCCGGCGCAUGAUGGACUGAACAGACUGCUCAGCGCAUGCAAUGAAGCUGCGCAGAAGUGCGGACACCCAGCAUUGUAUUCAGGCGGUAAAGGAGAUGGGCCGAUGGGGUCCAACUCGCCCCCUUACACCAAACACGAUAAGACCGAUCGCUCAGACAUGUUCCAUGUGAGCAUAGCUUGGAACCUCACUGAGCCUGAUCCUGAUUGGAUAUAUUUGGUCAAAAACAUGGACGUAGACAAACACAUCCAAUCACCGCAAGCAGCUUUCGACGUGGUAAAAGCACGGGUUGGGAAUGUAGUCCAUAAUUUUAAUCUAGUCGCAAGAAAGAGCAGCGUUGAAACUUGAAAUAGGGCGAGGGACUUUGGGGCUGGGGAAAGGCGGUGCAGCUGGUUUUAGCGUUGACGUGGACCUGUGCCUGACAAGGAUGCCUAGGCAGUGGCUGAGGUCUAAGCACUUGGGCACCAAGGAAAUACGAGAGACAACCACGAAAUUUCGACGAGGCAGCUCUUUCAUGAAUAGAUACCCAUAUCCACUGGCCUUUCAGGAGACUGGCAGUAUCUAGUAUGCUAUAGGUUGGAAAUCACCUCAUACCCACCAAUUUCUCCUCGUACAAGUCCAUCAGCUCUUACUGCCCAAAAUUGUGUAAAUACCUCAACACAGAUAUACUCCCCUUUGC